AUGCCCUUCACGCGGGGCGAUCCAACCUUGCAGCCCAUGUCGGCACCUUGGAAUACGGACCCCGUCAACUCCACCUCCUCGGACUCGAUCACAAUUGCUACGCCUGGUGCUGCUACUUGGCCUCCUUCGGCGGCUUCAUCAUCCGUCACUUCCCUGAUGGACAGCUCAGCAGCAGCUCCCAUCACUGAGAUCACCUUGGUCUCUUCACCGCCAACGAGUCAUGCUGCUUCCCCUUCACGGACGAUAUCUUCGCCCUUGCGGCCUUCAUCCGCAGCAAACAUGCCCGGCAGCCCGCUGAUGGCGCGCGAGAUGGCUAAAGCUGCUGCUUCAACACAUGCUGCUGCCGUAUCGGUCGCGCACAUGGACCAAGUCGUAGCCAACUGUGAUACAGAGGAUGGAGCCAACACUCCGCAACGCUCGCCCUCUCAAGCUCGACAGUCAGCUUCGAUCGAUCUCUCCGACCAACAUACACCGGCUGACGGAUCUUCAGUCUACGUCCACCUUCCGAUCACAUCUCCCUCUUCCACCACGCUCCCUCAGGAAAGCAGCAGCACAAAGAAGAAGACCAAGAAGCAGGGCGAAUCACCACGUCGUCGCAGCUCAGCAGGUUCCGACUCGGCUCAUGCAUCACCAGCGACACUAGCAGCUGAUGCAGCAUACGCAGCUGCCCUCGCAGCGCAAGAAGAGACACUUGCUCGGCGCCGACCCACACGUAAUGCCCGAAAGGAGGUCAGCUAUAGUCCGAUGUGCGAUUCGGAAGGGAAGCCGCUGCCAGGGAAGAAGCAUGUGACCGCGUCUGCAUCUUACUCAAAGUCAAAAGCUGCAGCAAAGGAGGGCGCGGCUAACAAGACAAAGGGCAAGCGUCGGUCAAGGGCAUUCUCUGAUGAUCAAGAUGAGGAGAAUGAUGUUGGCAACUCGAAAUCAACAGCAAACCAAGUCAUCGACUUGGAUGUCGACGUUACAGACGAUGAUGUCGGGUUCGCCUCACGGAGAGAACGGAAGAAGGCCAAGAUGGACAGCGAGGGGGAAGGCGAGAAGCAGACGAAAUCGACCCAGCUGCCCAACAAGCGCCAACGGGCCGCUAUUGACGAUGACGCGGAGGAAGAUGCUCUCUCAGAGCACGAUCACAAGAAUGAUGAUGACCAAGGCGCAAUUCUGACUCCUCCUGCACCCACCUCGCCGCGGCGAUCAUCUCGCAGAAGCCUACCUUCGCCAAAGAAGCAGAUAGCAAAUGACAAAGCAACAAAGAAGGGCAAAGGGAAACAGCACAAGACUUUUGAUCUCGAGCAGGAAGCGGCGGCAGAGGAGGAGGACGAGGAUGAGCAGCCGCGCGCAACCAGCACUCGGAAAGCUGCUAAGCGCAACAAGUCGCCUUCUCCAGAAGCUCAAGAAGAGUCAGACGAAGAAGCGGCAGAAGAGCAAGCCGAGAACGCAGAGAAGCCAUCACGGGUAAGCGAGGAACCAAAGCCAGCAUCCGCCGAUUCGAGACCCUCUUGCUGGUCGAGUACUUGCACAUCCACCACCACCAAUCCUUUAGCUGCAGCCUCAGUAGCCAUGAAAGGCAUCAACACCUCUUCUCCAGCCCCACCGUCACCCUUGACUUGUUCGCCCAACGCACGUUCAUUCUUUGGCAAACCGCUUAGCAAGCUACUCAACUCUGGUGCAGUGCGACGACCUGGUCUGACACGCAAAACCAAAAUCCCAUCCCUUCUCAACCAUCGUGGAGCACCGAAGGCACCUGCACUACAGCUAGUCGCAUCAAAGAGAAGGAUGCAGGAUGACGAUUACGAGUACGAUCCUGACUACGAAGCUCUCGUUGCAAAGAAUAAGCCUCAAGGUAGUGAUGAGGAGAGCGAUGGUAAACGCGGUGUGGAGCAUCAUGAUGGCGCCGAGGGUGAGGGGAAGAUUGUUGAAGAGUACGAUUGA